AUGAAAGCAGUCGAGGAUAGACAAAAAUCGUACGCCGAUCUUCAACAUCAACCUGAUGAAUUUGAAGAGGCUGAUAAGGUUCUACUUCGUGUGUCUCCAAUGAAAGGAGUAGUUCGUUGUGGUGCUCGUGGAAUGUUAAGCCCACGUUUCAUAGGUCCUUAUGACAUUCUCGAAAAGGUAGGGAAGUUAGCCUAUCAGUUAGCAUUGCCUAAUGCUCUUGGUAAGGUACACUAUGUUUUUCACAUUUCUCAACUGAAGCGUUAUGUCGUAGCCUCUUCUCAUGUAUUAAAUCUAGAACCAUUAGAACAUGAUGAGAGUUUAACCUACGAGGAAAAACUGUCUGAAUAG